CACUGGCUCUACCUCCCGGGGAGUGUUUAUGUUUGUGUGAUUAUUAAGGUGCUUAUUGCAAAAACAAGCAGCAACAGGGGAUGAAAUUGCUGAUAGGGGUUUAAUGUACAAUUCUAAAAUAAGUAAAGUAAAACAGAAGGUACAGAUAAUCAUCUGUACCUAAGUACAAGAGACUACUUGAGUAAAUGUACAAGGUACGUUCAACCACUCACCACUGCCCUUAGUUAUUUGCCAGUUUUGGUUAUCUAGAAACAGCCCAAGGCAUCACAUGAGGCUGCUUUCCACAUCCUGCCUGGGGUCCUCCUCAGCAACACCCUUCCAAGAUGGCAGCCAACAGUAGCAACACGGGUAGCAAGUCUAGCAACAGUGCCGGAGGAAAACAGUCCGGUCCUUCAGCCGAACAGGUGGUGGCAACAUUUCAAAGGAUGCGUCAGGAGCAGCGCAGUAUGGCUUCUAAAGCUGCAGAGUUGGAGAUGGAGAUUAACGAGCACAGCUUAGUAAUUGACACCCUGAAGGAAGUGGAUCCUUCGAGGAAAUGCUUUCGUCUAGUCGGAGGAGUGUUGGUGGAGAGGACGGUUAAAGAAGUUCUACCAGCCUUGGAAAACAACAAAGAACAGAUCUCCAAAAUAAUUGAGUCCAUCAACACACAGAUGCAGGCAAAAGGACGGGAACUCACAGAGUACAGGGAACGCUACAACAUCCGGUUGGUCGGGGAGGGUGAAGGCGAGACACAAGGCCAAUCAGCGGCGUCCUCCAGGAACAGCGAAGGAGGCGUGUCCAAAAGCGGUGCUGGUGUUUUAGUGUCAUAGUUUGUAAUGAGUGAGGGUGACAGUAGGGCUUUAUGAUUUUUGGAAUAAACAUAGUUGGAGUCACAGAAUCUAGGUUCAAAAACAGAACUCUUUAUAGGAUAACUUUGGAUUUGAAGGUUACUGAAGUUUCUGCUAAACAUAAGGCACUUGGUAACAUAAGUCAACUGAAACAGACAAAUUCAAACAGCAUAUGUGCUCUGCUUUUGUGUGUUCAGUGUGAAGGCAAGUGGGUGUAAAAUUUAAAAUUGUUUUUACAUUUGGCUUUCAGUGAAUCUGUCUUUUUUUUCAAUUGCUGAAAUGCUGUGGCAUAAUUUCAACAGUUAUUUUCAAGCAUUUUAAUAUUUGUUUUGUCUUACUCUGAAAAAUUGUUUGAGACAUCAAGAAAAUACCAGACAAAUGAGUACACACAGUUAUCAAAUAAACACUAGAUAAUUUCCAGUAAACAUGCUUUUGUGUUUUGUAAAAUAAUUUAAAAAUGUGAAAAAAUAAAAGCCGAUUUCAUAGGGCCCUAAAGCAGGUUGAAGCUGUGUAAAAGGUCACCCUUGUGGAAGCAGGACAGGCCCUGGAGGGCAUUCUGACAGCAUGUGUUAUGAGCACAAACGAGAUUAUACUGUAAACAUGUUACUAUAGAUCAAAAUGAAAAGCGUUUUAUUCACAACUAAUAAAAUUGUAUUUGUUAUUAGGUCAUGUGCAGAAAGGCCCCUUUGUUAAUUCUCAUGUGAGGUCAGUUUGUGCUCAUGGGUUACAAAAGUACAAGAUUAGUGAGCGACCAGAAAUGACUCCUACUACCGCAUCUUAAUAAUAAAGUCCUGUUAUUGAAGCCACA